AUGGCCGGCUGCUGCUGCCUGUCCGCGGAGGAGAAGGAGUCGCAGCGCAUCAGCGCCGAGAUCGAGCGGCAGCUUCGCCGGGACAAGAAGGACGCGCGCCGCGAGUUCAAGCUGCUGCUGCUGGGAACUGGUGAAAGCGGCAAAAGUACCUUUAUCAAGCAAAUGAGAAUCAUUCAUGGGUCUGGCUACAGCGAUGAAGACAGGAAGGGCUUCACGAAGCUGGUUUACCAAAACAUAUUCACCGCCAUGCAAUCCAUGAUCAGAGCCAUGGACACCCUGAGGAUACAGUAUGCGUGUGAGCAGAAUAAGGAAAAUGCCCAGCUCAUCCGAGAAGUGGAGGUGGACAAGGUCUGUGCGCUGUCCGGGGACCAGGUGGAGGCCAUCAAGCAGCUGUGGCAGGACCCGGGCAUCCAGGAGUGUUACGACCGGAGGCGGGAGUACCAGCUGUCCGACUCCGCCAAGUAUUACCUGACCGACAUCGACCGGAUCGCAAUGCCGUCCUUCGUGCCAACGCAGCAGGAUGUGCUUCGUGUCCGAGUGCCCACAACCGGCAUCAUCGAGUAUCCGUUUGACUUGGAAAACAUCAUCUUUCGGAUGGUAGACGUUGGUGGCCAGCGAUCUGAAAGACGGAAAUGGAUCCAUUGCUUUGAGAGCGUCACCUCCAUUAUUUUCUUGGUUGCUCUGAGUGAAUAUGACCAGGUCCUGGCUGAGUGUGACAACGAGAACCGCAUGGAAGAGAGCAAAGCCUUAUUUAAAACCAUUAUUACCUACCCCUGGUUUCUGAACUCAUCCGUGAUUUUGUUCUUGAAUAAGAAGGAUCUUUUGGAAGAGAAAAUCAUGUACUCUCAUCUCAUUAGCUACUUCCCAGAGUACACAGGACCCAAGCAGGAUGUGAAAGCUGCCAGAGACUUUAUCCUGAAGCUUUACCAAGACCAGAAUCCUGACAAAGAGAAAGUCAUCUACUCUCACUUCACGUGCGCGACAGACACGGAGAACAUUCGCUUCGUGUUCGCUGCUGUGAAGGACACGAUUCUCCAGCUCAACCUGAGGGAAUUCAACCUGGUUUGAAAGCUGCUGCGCCCCGCGUCCAGGCCGGGAGCCAGGCCCUGUGCGCGCCUCACGCGUUACUUGCCAGUGCUGUGGCGGCACCGAGCCCACCACGCAGGCCGCGGGGACACGUGAGGGACCUUCCGAGAUAUUUGAGUUGAGCGACCUUUUUCGAAGUCUUUGUUCCUGUGUUGUUUUUCUUGACUUUUGGCUCUAAGAUUUUGUGUAAGUUUUGAAGUUGAUAUUUUACAGAACUUUUAAAAGCCACUGUGGUUUAUGUUCUUUUUUUAAGUUAAAGUGUGUUUAAUAAUAGCCAUUAACACGUCACGUGACAGAAGGGUCUGUUAGUUUGUAGCUCAUACCUUGAGACCUCUCGGAUGAGUCUGGGUGAUAAUUUAAAAAAAAGAAAAUUAAUGGGUUUGAGGCUUUUUAUUAAAUCUUGUAAUUUAGAGAUUUUAAAUUGUUUUUCUCUCUUCAUGCUGAAGUACGCAUUUAACAUGCCAUCAAAGAUUUUUUAACAUUUGUUUGUUAAAUAUUUCUAAGCCAAAUUAAUGACUAUAUUAAUAUAUCCAACUUAGUUUUGCCAUAAUUUGAUCACUAUGCAGCCAAAGUUGACAUAAAUGGGCUCUAGAUAGCAUGUAUGUUGUAAAAAAAUGUGUGUACGUAUAUACAACCAAGUCUUGUAAACUUGUGAAAUGGCUAAAAGCCUAACCUGUUCAACAAAUGGAAUGUAACCCCUGCCAAAGUUCUGACGGCCAGCACAGGUUUGCUGUUUGAACCAGGGUACGCGGUGCCUUUCCGAGGCGGCUAAGAAUAUACCGUUCCGCCACAGGCAUUGGAUUAUGUUGUUUCUUUGAGCUCAUGGUUGACUUGAAGGUUCAGAUCCUAGAAAGAAAAAUGUUGCGACUUUGAUACUUUAUAACUCAAACUUUCUACAUGGCCUCAUAAAAGAGGAAAAAUAAACUUCCUUUUACUUUCUAGG